AAGCGCGGCUGCCGCGGCCGCCAUGUUCCUGUCUGGUUGCUGUGAUGGAGACGAGGCGCUUCGGAUUUUAAACUUUCUGUUUUAAAUUUUAGAAAUCCUCUGAAAUCCUCAAUAUCUCUGACAUAAAGCACCAGAUCUCUACAAUCACAAGAUGCUUUAAAAACACUGCAGAACUGAAGGUGACGGUUUAGAGAACAGAUUAAUUAAAGGCCUGUGACCGCCCCAGUGCGCGCGCUCCUGUCACGCCGCCGUCACCAUGGCGACCACGGGGCUGCGCAUCGGAGAUCAGCUGGUCCUGGAGGAAGACUAUGAUGAAAACUACAUCCCAUCUGAGCAAGAAAUUCACGAGUACGCUGUAGAGAUCGGCAUCGACCCACAGCGGGAGCCGGAGCUGCUGUGGUUGGCCAGAGAGGGGAUGGUGGCGCCGCUGCCGGCUGAGUGGAAACCAUGUCAGGACGUCACCGGUGAAGUGUACUACUUUAACUUCUCCACGGGUCAGUCCACGUGGGAUCAUCCCUGUGAUGAUCACUACCGCCAACUAGUGGUGCUGGAGCGAGAGCGCACACAACACACCAGAACCGCUCCGGCCGCGGCCACCGCUGCUGUGGGGAAAGACAAAGAGAAGAAGAAGAAGAAAGACAAGAAGAAGAAGGAGAAGAAGAAAGACCCAGAGGGAGUCAGAGCUCCAGGGGUGUUGGCUCCUCUCGCUCCUCUCCGGGGUCUGUCUGAGGCUCCUGUCGCUCCUCUCAGAGGGUCUUUGGGCAUCUCAUCUGGUCUCCAGCCACUCAAAACCUCUCUAGGGUCUGCCGUGUCGAGCUCCACUGCUGUCAGAAGUGCUGAGGAAGACGAGGAGAUCUCAGAGGAAGAGAGGCCGCGAGAUUCAUCCGGACUGCUGAAGAACCUUCAUCUGGAUCUGGAUGCUCUGGGAGCGGGACUGCAGUAUGAGGACAGUGAGGUCAGUGGGACGGUUCCUCCUGAAGAAAGAACAGAACCUGAACUACAGGAUUUGGCCUUAUCGAGGGAUCACAGUCCAGAACCGCCUUCAGAGGAAUCUGAGGCCGGUGAAGAAGUGGUGGCGUCGCUCUCAUCCGCUGAUAAUGUGCAGGCUGGUUUCCACUCCAAACUCUCAGAGAAUGUGUUUGAUCUGCUGGAUCUGACGCCUGCAGUGGACAGGAAGGAAGUGGAGGGAGAGGGAGACGUGGACAGCUGUGUGGAUGUCUCUGUAUCUGCAGACAGACGUCUGCUUGAAAACGUGACCUCAGCUCAGACGCCGCAGUCACGUUCCAACGCCUCCACGCCUGCAGAUGACAUCAGCAGGACAUCACAUGACCAGAGACCGCCUACUGCCCGUGGCCGAACCGACACCAGUUAUCACGAGAGAACACAGAGAGAGGAGGAGAAGAGACGAGAGGAGGAGAAGAGACGAGAAGCUCAGGAAGAUGAAGAACAACGUAAGCGUGAUGAAGAGGAGAGGAAAAGACUGGAGGAAGACGCAGAGAGGCAGAUGGAGGAGGAGAGGAGUAGACUGAUGGAGGAGACGCAGAGGAGACUGCAGCUGCUCAGAGACGCUCUGAUGAAGGAUGCGGAAGACGAGGAGCGCCGGAUGAAGGAGGAAAGCACCGAGCAGCUAAGGAUUUUAAAGGAGCAGAUACUCAAAAACAGACGAGACGAGGAGGAGCGAUUGCACAAUGACACACACACACAACUACAACAGCUCAGGGCUGAGAAUGAGGUUAAACUCCAGGAGCUGCGCUCAGAGCUGGAGGCAGAACGGGAAAAGGCGGAGACUCAGAGGAGGCGGGAUCGUGAGCGCCUGAGGGAGGAGUCAGAGGAGGAGCUCCAGGCAGAGAGGAGGCGGCUACAAGAGAAGAAGGAGGAGCAGCUAUCCUCCAUCAGAAUACAGGCUAAACUGAGUGACUCACAGCAGAAUUUAAGGAGUCCACGACCAGAACAACCUUUAGCCGAGUACCAGAGAGAGCUCACAGAUGUGCUGCAGGAAGUUCGUGAGGAAGUUGAGAGGGAUCACAGGAGGAAACUAGAACAACUGAAAGAGGAACAUCGACAUGAACUAGAGAACCUCAGAGAAACACACCUGGAGCAGGAGAGCAGGGAGAGGGAGCGUCUGCUGAACUCUUUUCAGGAGGAAAGAGACACUCUGACCUCUAAACACACAACACAACUACACAAACUACAGCACACACUGGACACACAACUGCAGGAGAUGCGCAGGACACACUCACUGAAGGAGGCAGCGUUACAGGAGUGGAUGGAGAAGCUGGAGAUACAAACCAAAGAACUUCAAACUCAAGAGGCUGAACUUCAGUUGAAGGCAUCAGAAUUGAAGAAGAGGAGACAGCAGCUGUGUGAGGAAGAGGACGAUAUUCAGAGAGGAUUAGAGUCUCUCCCUCGGCUGCUAAAGGAGCGGGACGAGCUCCAUGAGGAGCUGCAGCGGAUGAGAGCAGAUCUUCAGAGAGAGAGACAGGAGAGAGAGAGACAGAGAGAGGAGAACAGCAGGAUGAUGGAGGAGAGACAGCAGCUGGAGACGAGAGUCACACUUCUGCAGGACAGAUGUGAGCAGCUCAGCUCCAGAGUCAGUGAGCUGGAGCAGAGGAGCAGAACUGAGAGGGAUCACCAGCAGGACGGAGCAGAAGACCAGCAGAAGAAGAGCAAGAGAAAGACAGAGAAUGGCCUGCGUUUGGAGGAUCUAGAAUCAUCAGUGCUGCGGUCAGGAGACGCCAGCGAUGCCAGCGUAGACGAGUAUGUUGUGAGGCAGUAUAUGUGGAAUGAGAGCGUGUCUCUCCUCAGGGCUCGACAGUUUCUAGAGCGGCAGAGCGUUCACGUGUCAGACAGACAGGCGGCGCUGCGGGCGGCUCACAGCAGUCUGAAGGACCCCGUGCCCGGGAGCUCGACACAGCAGCUCUACCACAAUCUGCAGCAGGAGGUGAGGGAUCUAGCCGAGCUCAGGGAGACGCUUCACAAGGGUCAAACGCUACUGAAAGAAAAAGAGGAAAAACUCAACCAGCUCGAAACUUCACUGACUGAAGAGGUGUCAUGUGAGGAUGUUGAGAGGUCAGCUGAUCGGAAAGUGACGUUUGAUGUGACCGAGUCAGAGAUGAGCAGCAUCUACAGCCCGGAGGGAACAGUUCCAGUGAAGGUGCAGCAGUUGGCCGACUCUCUGCAGCUGAUCUCUGGUCAGCUGAACUCUGUGUUAGGAGCUUUGGGUUCACUAACCCACAAACAGGCUCCUCCCACUCUGACCACACCUCUACCACCUCGUCCCUCAUGGGCAUGGUCUGUAAAUCCCUCCCCCUCGCUGUCCAACGGACUCGCAUAUAGACCCACAGACUCACUGCAGAACCGCUGGUCGGGCCUGAGCACAGAAACCAGCAGAGCUCACAUGACCUACUCAGGAUACACACCACCAAGUCUGUCGAGUCUGCGUCCAUCAGCAGAGGUCGAAGGUCAGCGGCUGCAGGGGCUGAUUGAAGGAAACAAACGCUGGCUGGAGGCUCAACGGAAAAACCGCAGCAUUCCUCUGUUCCCGAACCUCAGAAGCGCGUCCAGCAGCGGUGGGUUAGUUCAGCUCAGCCUCGACGACAACAACCAGAUUAAAGUCCAUCAUUACUGAAGCAGCUCGAAUAAACACACCUGCAGGAGAUUCUGAAGCAGCUCAUGUGUUUCUCAGGACAGCUGAAGAUCACGAGUGGUUAUAUGAACUGUAAGGAAGUUUGUCUACAUUUUCAUUUGUAUAGCUGUGUGCAGAUCUCAUUUGUACAAUAUUUUUGUAAACAAUUAAAUGAAUUUAAUACUUGA